AUGGAGCCGUUUAAGGGAAGAGGUCAUCGAUCUUUUGUCGUAGAUCUAAGACGCAUUCGUCGUGGGAUCUCGUUAAAAUUUUGGGAAUUAGAUCGCGAGAGGAAGGCGAAGAAGGUGCUCCGGUGCAUGCGUUACCAUCGAUAUGAGGAAGCACGUGUGCCUCACGCGCUGUUGAGUUCAAGUGCUUCCGAUGUUGUUUUGGGAGGCUUUUCCGAUUCCGUUUCAACUAGUGAGAGUGAGAGCUGCUACAAAGUGAUAAAGGGCUCGUGGAAACAGAUUAAAGACACUGCCAAUAAACCUGGAGGAGCCAAGUUACUCCGAAAAGCAUUUAAAUUAUGCGAGGACUACGAAUAUAUAGCAGAUUAUCUUGAAAAUUGGCUUUCAACUGCCUACAUUUAUACUUCCAUGACGGAUUAUCCAACCCCAUCAAAUUUUCUUAAUCCCUUGCCAGCUUACCCAAUCAAACAGAUGUGUAAAGCUAUCGACAAUCCAACGACUGGCAACGACACAUUUGCAAAGCUGUAUGGUGCAGCUAACAUCUACUAUAACUAUACUGGAACCGCCAAAUGUUUCGAUCUUGAUGAUGAUUCUGAUCCUCACGGUCUCAGUGGAUGGGGUUGGCAGGCAUGUACAGAGAUGAUAUUGCCAACAAGUGGUAACACAAAAGAAAGCAUAUUUCCAGCUUCUGAGUGGCAUUAUAGUGGCAGAGUUUCCUACUGCAAAAAUGUCUAUGGGGUUGAGCCCAGGCGCAACUGGAUCACCACUGAGUUUGGAGGAUUUGGAAUUGAGAGGGUCUUGAAAAGGUUUGGAAGCAAUAUUAUCUUCUUUAAUGGAUUAAGAGACCCUUGGAGUGGUGGAGGGGUUCUGAAGAAUAUAUCUAGGAGUAUAGUUGCAAUUGUGGCAAAAGAAGGUGCCCAUCACGUAGAUUUGAGGUUUUCAACAAAAGAAGACCCAGAAUGGCUCAAAGAAGUGAGAAAACAAGAGAUAAAUAUCAUUGCAGGGUGGAUCUCACAAUAUUACCAUGAUUUGGCACACCUAACUUCCUAAACACAGGGGAAAAAAAUAAUAAAACAAAACAAAAACUCUUGCAAAUUCUUUCGCCAAUAAGUUUGCUUGGCUUUUAAUGCCAAAUUGCAAA